AUGAGACGGGCGACAAAUGCCCUGAAGCCCCCAGCGGCGGCCGGCCAGCUAUCUCGCAAGGCAGGGGAAUACGUUCUGACCAGUGACGCACCUCUCCAAGACCGGGUCAUUGGCAAUAUGGGAGACGCUGUUGGUUCGCUACCGGUAAUAAGCUCAGAGGUUCCUACCGCGCUGGUGACGACUGGAAACCCUGCCUCGUACGAGGGGUUCGGCCGGGCGAUUCCGCCGCCUGACGUCGCGUCGUCUGCGACAUGA